AGAAGCCGGUUGCUCCGGAGUGAUCCCCCUCACCGUCGUCCCUCCGUCCUCCUGGACAUCCGGUUACUUUUACAUCCAAAUGCUGUAGUUUGUUUUGAAGGGAACAGACUCUUCUGCUCUUGUCAGGCCAACUUGAUACAAAAGCUCCAUGAUGACGACCUACCAGGAGUUCAUCCAACAGAACGAAGGCAGGGAUGGGGUGAGAUUCAGUUGGAACCUCUGGCCCUCCAGCCGGCUGGAAGCCACCAGGCUAGUGGUUCCUGUCUCCUGCCUCUUCACACCACUCAAGGAGAGACCCAACCUGCCACCAGUGCAGUAUGAGCCAGUUCUGUGCAGCCGGGCCAACUGCAAGGCAGUGCUCAACCCACUGUGUCAAGUUGACUUCAGAGCAAAAAUAUGGGCAUGCAACUUCUGCUUCCAGAGGAACCCAUUUCCUCCGUCUUAUGCAGGCAUAUCAGAAGUGAACCAGCCAGCUGAACUCAUGCCACAGUUUUCUACCAUUGAGUACAUAGUGCAGCGUGGACCCCAAGCCCCUCUGAUUUUCCUGUAUGUGGUGGACACAUGUUUGGAAGAAGAGGACCUCCAGGCCCUCAAAGAAUCCCUUCAGAUGUCGCUCAGUCUGCUACCACCCAAUGCCCUGGUGGGUCUCAUCACAUUUGGACGGAUGGUCCAAGUUCAUGAGCUCAGCUGUGAGGGGAUUGCCAAGAGCUAUGUGUUCAGGGGCACCAAGGACCUCACCUCCAAACAGAUCCAGGAGAUGCUGGGUUUAACAAAGCCAGCAGCUUCAGGACAACAAGGUCGCCCUCCGGCCCCUCAGGAUGGUGCAGCCUCAUGCAGAUUCCUUCAGCCUGUGCAAAAAGUUGAUAUGAAUCUGACAGACUUGCUCGGAGAGCUUCAGAGAGACCCCUGGCCGGUCCCUCAAGGCAAACGGCCGCUCCGCUCCACCGGUGUUGCACUGUCUGUUGCUGUCGGUCUUCUGGAGGGUACGUUCCCCAACACAGGAGCCCGUGUGAUGCUGUUUAUUGGAGGACCGCCCACCCAGGGCCCAGGCAUGGUGGUGGGAGAUGAGCUGAAAACCCCCAUCCGCUCCUGGCACGACAUCCAGAAGGACAACGCUCGCCAUUUGAAGAAGGCCACCAAGUACUAUGAAGCCUUGGCCAACCGCUCAGCAGUAAAUGGUCACAGUAUUGAUAUCUAUGCAUGCGCUCUGGACCAGACCGGACUGCUGGAGAUGAAGUGCUUGUCGAACCUCACUGGGGGCCACAUAGUGAUGGGAGACUCUUUCAAUACCUCCCUGUUCAAGCAAACCUUCCAGAGAGUCUUCAGCAAAGACUAUAAUGGAGACUUCCGCAUGGCCUUUGGAGGCGUCCUUGAAGUCAAGACAUCAAGGGAACUGAAGAUUUGCGGGGCCAUUGGACCAUGUGUUUCACUCAACUCCAAGGGUUCCUGUGUUUCAGAGAAUGAGAUGGGCAUUGGUGGCACAAGCCAGUGGAAGGUGUGCAGUCUCAACCCUUCCACCACACUGGGCUUUUAUUUUGAAGUCGUGAAUCAGCACAACGCACCAGUCCCCCAGGGUGGUCGAGGGGCGAUCCAGUUUGUAACCCAGUACCAGCACUCCAACACCCAGAGGAGGAUACGGGUCACCACCAUCGCCAGAAACUGGGCCGAUGCCCAAUCACAGAUUCAGCACAUAGAGUCGUCAUUUGACCAGGAGGCGGCCGCUGUGCUUAUGGCUCGCCUGGGAGUCUUCAGGGCGGAGUCAGAGGAGGGACCUGACGUGCUGCGUUGGCUUGACAGGCAGCUCAUCCGCCUGUGUCAAAAGUUUGGCCAGUUCAAUAAAGAAGAUCCUACAUCUUUCAAACUGUCAGAGUCGCUGUCCCUCUACCCACAGUUUAUGUUCCACCUGCGGCGGUCACCGUUCCUGCAGGUGUUCAACAACAGCCCAGAUGAGUCGUCCUAUUAUCGGCACCACUUUGUCAGGCAGGACCUGACGCAGUCCCUGAUCAUGAUCCAGCCCAUCCUCUAUUCAUACUCCUUCUACGGACCACCAGAGCCCGUGCUCCUGGACAGCAGCAGUAUCCUGCCAGACCGAAUCCUGCUGAUGGACACUUUCUUCCAGCUGGUUAUUUAUCACGGAGAGACCAUAGCCCAGUGGCGAAAGGCGGGCUACCAGGACAUGGCAGAGCAUGAGAUCUUCAAGCUGCUGCUCCAGGCUCCAUUGGACGAUGCUCAAGAGAUCCUGCAGACACGCUUCCCCAUGCCACGCUACAUUGACACGGAGCAUGGAGGCUCCCAAGCUCGCUUCCUGCUCUCCAAGGUCAACCCAUCACAGACUCAUAACAACCUCUACGCCUGGGGACAGGAGACGGGAGCCCCGAUUCUUACGGAUGACGUCAGCUUGCAGGUCUUCAUGGACCAUUUGAAGAAGCUGGCCGUCUCCAGCUCUGCGUAGACGUCUCUAUUCCACCACAGAGUAAAGGAGUGGUACGACAUUCCUGUUCUGUUACUGGGAUCCACUAACAUUUCCCCUCUUUUAGUAACGGAGUCAAACCCAGCCAGUUCAUUGUAUAUGCUUGCUACAUUUUACUGUCUUGAGACUUAAGAGACAUUUCCGUCAUGCAAAAGGAACAAAGAAAAGGUGAGGGAGUAGCACAUUCCUAAAAAAGUAACAUGAGAAAUGGCUCAAGUUCUCCAAAACCACACUGUAAACAAUAUCAAAUUCUCUUUCUGUUUUAUAUUUGAUAUUACCUCUGACAUGCCGAAUGACAAAAAGAAUAAUUUAAUUUGUUUUCCUUUUUUGUUUGUUUGUCCUAAAAUGUGUAUCUUCUGCAUCAAACUCGGUUGAAGGUGCUGUCAAAUAGGAUGCUCAUAUGUGUUUUGCUCUGUCCAUAGCUAAAGAAAUUUUUCUCAUGAAUAAAUUAUAAUAGUACCUCUGAUGCUUGCUUAAAUAUUGUUCACAUGGCUAAUCGGUCUUGACACUGACGGGGUUGUUAAUCACCGUUUAUUCGAGGAAGACUUGUAGUGGAGGUCUGACAUGGAUUAUACAUGAAGUGUUUUCCAAGAAAAUUCCCUCCCUGAAUAAUGAGGAUUAAUGUUCUGAGGAAUGGGAGUCAAUCACAUCAGUUCAACUAAGACCGACUCGGUUUUCAAUGACGAACAUUUAGAUUUGUUUUUAACUUUCACUUCACGGGGCGCUCUAUAGUUUGAGUCCACUCAUCCCGCCUUGUCCACCAUCUGGUAUUUUGCACCCGAUGAUUGCCCAAGUGUCUUUGUAAUCAAACUUUAAUAUACUGUGUGAUUGUAUAAAAGGGACAGUUGUUUGACUUAGAGCCUGUCAGGAUUCUUAAUGCCAUCCAUAUAAAGGCCUGCCAGCAGGAAACGAGA